AGAGAGAGAAAGAGAGAAAGGGUGAACCAACUCGUCAGAGAACAGAGUACAAAACCAAAGAGGAAGGCGAUCAGGACUCACAAAAUCAAGAGGCUGUUCCUACUCUGCCCCCUUCCCCCCCCCCCCCGCCCCGCUGCUGAAGAUGGCUCAGUUUGCUAUGUCGCCCGACGCGUUCUCCGAGGCCGAGGUGACCUGCUCCAUCUGCCUGGACCUGCUGUGCGACCCGGUCACCACACCCUGCGGCCACAACUACUGCCAGGCCUGCAUCGGCGGCUACUGGGCCUCCACCGAGGUGUGCUCGUGCCCGCUGUGCAAGCGCGUCUUCCAGGAGCGGCCCAAGCUCAGCAUCAACCGCGUGCUGUCCGCCAUCACCAACACGUACAAGGUGGCCCAGUACGACGGCUACCCCGACGCCUCCGACCCGGCCUCGUCGAAGACGCCGACGCCCAAACCCCGCAGCAGAGCGGGCGGCGCUGUCGCCGCGGAGACGUCGGCCCUCUACGACGACAUCGACGUGGCGAAGGGCAAAGUGGUCAUGUGCGACGUGUGCCCGGGCAAGAAGCAGCGCGCCGUGAGCAGCUGCAUGACGUGCAUGGCGUCCUACUGCGAGGAGCACGUGCAGGCGCACCGCGACAUGCCCUUCUACCGCGGCCACCAGCUCCGGGACCCCGGGGAGGCCCAGCAGGGGCGCACCUGCCCCACCCACGGCAGGCUGCUGGAGGUGUACUGCCGCACCGACCAGACCUGCAUCUGCUCCGUCUGCGUGCUCGAGACACACCGCACACACAGCACCGUGUCUGUGCAGACCGAGAGGAUCACCAAACAGAAACUCCUGAGUAAGACGGAGCUGGACAUCCAGACCAGCAUCGACAGGAAGAGCCUCAACUUGGCUGACAUGAGAGGGAGGAUGCAAACGGUGAAGAACUAUGCCAGGGCAGAGCAAGCCCAGCUAGAGCAACUGCUGGGGGAGGUGAUACGCUCUGUGGAUCGGAUUCGCCGGGAGCUGGUUGGCCGGAUACAGGAGAAGCAGGCCUCUGUGAUUGGACGGGGGGAGGAAAUAGUGUCGCGACAGGAGGCUGAGCUGAGCAGGAUGCAGGAAGUGAGAGCGAGGCUGGAACAACAGGCCACCUCUGAUGACCACAUUGGUUUCCUGCAGAGCUUUGAGGAGGUGGGCACCCCCCUGCAGGCCGAGCUGAACCAGGGCCGGGAGGAGCCCGAGGUGGACCUGGAGCUGCGCUUCUCCCUGGACGACGUGAAGGCCUCCCUCAGGGAGGUCCAGGACCGGCUGGAAGACAUCCGCGGCGGAGAGGUGCGCUACCGCCAAUCUGUCUCUUCACUACCAGAGAGCGAGAGCAUGAUGAGUGUUAGGUCAAUGGGAAGGAAGGACUGGUCACUAAAAGACAUACGCAGGCUAAGGCCAAGUUCAGCGCACAAGAAGGUUAAAGGAUAUGUAGAGGACCUGUCCCUGAAUCCCGUGACCGCGUACCCUUUCCUCACCCUGUCAGAGGACCGCAAGCAGGUGAAGCGAGGCGAGAAGCUGCAGUUCUACAGGAACAGCACGCAGCGAUUCGACGUCUGGUCCUGCGUGCUCGCCAAAGAGAGCUUCGAGUCGGGCAGACACUACUGGGAGGUGAACGUCGGAGAGAGUAAGGACUGGAAGUUGGGUGUGUCUAUCGAGUCAGCCCAGAGGAAGGGCCUUUUUGACAUGAGUCCCUCGAACGGCUACUACGCCCUCUGGUGGGGUGGCUCCCACCUGCGCACGCUCACUUCUCCUCCUCUGGGCAAGGUGAAGGUGACGGGGCGGCUGCGUAGGGUCGGGGUCUACCUGGACUGCGAGGAGGGCCAGGUGGUCUUCUACAACGCCAAGUCUGGGAGCGAGUUGCACUCCUUCAACACGGCCCCCUUCAGGGAGAAGGUGCUGCCGCUGUUUGGCACGGGGGACAAGGAGGUCCCACUAGUGCUUAUGAGCUGAUGGAUGGACACCACUAAAGGAGUGAGGAAAGAGAUUGAGUGAGUGCCUGAGGUGGAAGAGAGAGGAAGAGAGGAGAACGGGGAAGAAUGAAUGAAUGAGCGAGAGGGAGAGUGGAAGAGAGAAUGAAUAGUGGAGAGAGGAAUAGUGAAUGAGGGAGAGGAGGGACAUGAGGAUGAAGGAACUACUAUCCCAGAACGCAGGAGAGACGCUGUGAGCCAUUGGAGAGCCGAGCCUAACUUGGUAGCUCUGUUUUUAGACUCUGACUGUGGGAGUGAAGGAAUGAGGGAAUGUGAGUAUUUCUGUGACUGAAUGGGAGAGGGUGGGAGGGACGGAAGCUGAGAGGAGUUUUUAUAUCUGUGUGUGUGGGAGGGUGGAAGGGCAUUGAGAGG